CAAGUCAGAGAUUUCCAAGUAGGGGUGUGUUGGAGGGACUUCCGAGGGCGGCUUGUCCUGGAAGAAUGAGGGAAAGGUGGCAGCAGCAGCCGCUGCCUCCAAGGACAUCUGUGUCGCUCCCUGGGAGACCCUCUGCCCUCUCCCCCUCCCACCAGCCCCGGCGAGCAGGGACCGAGCUUGCUUAUUAUCACCUGACGCUGUGCAGCCACUGAUCCCAUUGGUGGAGCCAGAUUCGGUCUGGCUCUCUCGUUCUUUCUCGCCUUCCCUGCCUCUCUCUCCUCCACGCUGCUUUGAUUUCGCUCCUGCCUCUCUUUCUGUGCUCGCUCGCUCCCUCGGCUGGGAACAGCGUCUCACCAGGGGCAGCAGGGCUUCGCUGCAGAGCCAGACAGGAGCUGCCUGCAGGGCAUGGAAGCAACCUCCUCGGCAGCCGGGAGAGGAUCGCGCGCACUUGGCUGCCCGUGACCCAGGAGUCCGGCCGCCGGUCCCCUGCCUGGGGAGCUCGUCCACAGAGAUCUCUCCCUUCCCUCUCUGCCAGGUCUCGCUCCGCAGAGCCCCGUGAGGCCAGUCCCCACAGGAGCCAAACCAGAGGGCAGCAUGGAGCUGCUGUCCACUCCCCACAGCAUUGAGAUCAACAACAUCACCUGCGACUCCUUCCGCAUCUCCUGGGCCAUGGAGGACAGUGACCUGGAGAGGGUCACCCAUUACUUCAUUGACCUCAACAAGAAGGAGAACAAGAACUCCAACAAGUUCAAGCACAGGGACGUCCCCACCAAGCUGGUGGCCAAGGCGGUGCCACUGCCCAUGACAGUGAGAGGCCACUGGUUUCUGAGCCCCCGCACAGAAUACAGCGUGGCGGUGCAGACGGCGGUGAAGCAGAGCGAUGGGGAGUACCUGGUGUCCGGCUGGAGCGAGACGGUGGAGUUCUGUACAGGGGAUUAUGCCAAGGAGCACCUGGCCCAGCUGCAGGAGAAGGCUGAGCAGAUCGCUGGCCGUAUGCUCCGCUUUUCUGUCUUCUACCGCAAUCAUCACAAGGAGUACUUCCAGCAUGCCAGGACCCACUGCGGGAACAUGCUGCAGCCCUACCUGAAGGACAACAGCGGCAGCCACGGCUCGCCCACCAGCGGCAUGCUGCACGGGGUCUUCUUCAGCUGCAACACCGAGUUCAACACCGGCCAGCCCCCACAGGACUCCCCCUAUGGCCGCUGGCGCUUCCAGAUCCCCGCCCAGCGCCUCUUCAACCCCAGCACCAACCUCUACUUUGCGGACUUCUACUGUAUGUACACAGCCUACCACUACGCCAUACUGGUGCUGGCACCCAAGGGCUCCCUGGGGGACCGCUUCUGCCGCGACCGCCUGCCCCUCUUGGACAUUGCCUGCAACAAGUUCCUGACCUGCAGCGUGGAGGACGGGGAGCUGGUCUUCCGUCACGCCCAGGACCUCAUCCUGGAGAUCAUCUACACCGAGCCUGUUGACCUGUCCCUGGGUACCCUGGGGGAGAUCAGCGGGCACCAGCUCAUGAGUCUGUCCACUGCCGACGCCAAGAAAGACCCCAGCUGUAAGACCUGCAACAUCAGUGUGGGCCGCUAGGGACUCCCGGGGGGCUGAGGGGCUGGGGAGAGGUGACGGGAGGGUGGAGGUGGGUGGCACAGGCUCAGGGAGCUGGCUUUUUCUCCCUGCCCCCCUGCUCCCUCGGCUCCAUCCACUAGCCCCUCCCCCACCCCUUGGCAUCGGAGGCAACGAUGGUGGUCCUCUGGGUAAGCGUGGCCCACCCCAGGCCUGGUGUUCUCGGGAAGGCUUCUCAGCCUCGGGAGGCCAGUGGGUGGUUUGGAUUUCUGGAGAACUCCCCCUUUGCUCUCGUUUCCCAUUCUGGCUCUUUGCCUUAUCCAGGCCUCCACCUCCCAGGGUCCUGCCCGCCUCCCAGGCUCUCCUGGGGAAGCAUCUCUGGGGAAGCAAGCCCAUGUGUAGCUUGGCCGCCUCCAGGGAGAUGCAGAGAGAUGUGGGGCACCUCCUUCUUAGCCCCCCCACUCAGGGCCACCCCAGAAAGCCCCCUUCUUACUGAACUGGGCCUGGGGGCUUACCGUCCAGGCCAGCCCUCUCCCUCCUUCCUAUAAGUAGCCGCCUGCACCGCUGUCACACCCUAGCUGCUCCUUGCCCCAAAUAACCCUCUUCCUGCAUGGGAGAGCUGUCCUUCCCCUCCUCCACCUCCCACUCGUAUGUCCUCGACGCUCCAGAAAGGGGCCCUCUUUCUUCUCCUGGCUUUGGGGGCUCGGGGCUGUUGGGAUUUUCCUUUCUUCUGUGUGGAGAUGGCACAUUCCCCAGCAAACCUUCUGUCUUGCUCAGAGAAAACGCUGGGGUCUGGAACAGCAGCUGCCAGGGUCGAGGAGGGGGGAACAGACCCCUGAGACCCUUUUCCCAGCCAGAAGCAGGCUGCCCCAUGCCUUAGUGGGGCUUGACAUGGGACUGAAGAACUGAAGGUCGCCUGCAGCGCCCUGGCACCCCAGCUGGCUGUGCGCUUCACUCGCUCGCUCUGCCAUGGUGCUGUGACUGUCCUGUGCCUGUGUGUGACCCAGGCUGUGGGCCACUCCGCCUCACAAGCCACCUCCUGUCCUGUCUGCUUUCCUGGCCACUUCUCCAGGACGUUGUGGUGAGGCCCCCCUGGGCUCCCUGCGUUCUCCCCAGUUCCUGCUGUUGUAUGGGGCAUGGGGUGGAGAGGUGGACUCCCCAUGACAAGCAAAACAUUGGGGAAAAGGGGAGGUUCUGGCGGAGACAUGGACAACAGCCUCAGUGACUCUUGCAGAGGUGACGGGGACAUGGAUGAACAGCUUGAUUUCUGCAAUGAAGAACAGAGGGGCCGACAGGCCAACAAGGCCAUACCUCAGUGAGGGGCAGGUGGAUGGCCAGCUGCUGGGGAGUGCUGCAGUCAGCUCCCUCCUUGGGGCGGGUCAGGAGCUCUGGGGCCUCUGGGAAAUGUGUGGAGAAGGAGAGGACAUGGGACCCCAGGCCCUUUCCCCUGUGCUGACAGCAUUGCUGUGGGGGUGGCCUGCUGCCCUCCCCUGGCUCCGUGUCCUUCCUGGACGCCUGUGCUGUGCUUGCGAUGUGCAUCAAUAAACCACCAUGGCCACAGGG